AAUGUAAGAACAUUCACUACAUUGAGCAUACAUAUUCUUCAGUACUGCAUUGACCAUGUAAAGCGGAUGGAGAAGGUUCUGUGACAUUCCUGUCCGUGAUCUUGCCUCUAGGAUUAAAGAUACUCUGAAGGCAGGAGGUAACUUCCAUGAAGAAACGAGCUGCAUCUUCAGUCACCAUCACUACCACUUAUUAAAAAUGAAAGCUUUUUACGUACUUGAUGAUCUAAAGCCAUUUGGUGUUGGAAUAAUGUGCUGAGUGCCAUCGUGAUUCUUUACCAAAAUUCUUGAUAAAACUGACUAUCAUGGUGCUGAUAUUCGGCAGAGAUUGUAGUUGUACCUUGUCCUGAAGCCAUGUUUUGAUCUGUUAAACAAGGAGUCCUGCAAUACUCAGAAGUUUGCCAUCUUGGUUCUUGACUCAAGAGUGCUCUACAGAGAUCACAGUACUACCACAUGAACUGAAGCAAAGUUUGUACUCUGAUCUGCAAUUCUAAAACUUCAAGGAGUGAAGACACUCCGCAGGCUACUGGUCAUCUGGAUUCUUGAUUAAUAAGCAGUGAGAGCUAGGGAAUCCAAAAUGGAGCAGCCCCGGGUGAAGCCAAAUCUCCUUGCUACUGCAAACCCUCUCUCGCAGCUCUUUUUUCAUUGGGUUGGGCCCGUCUUUUACUCUGCCUUCAAGAAGAAAACAGUACAGACCAAUGACCUGUAUGAGAUUAUGGAAGAGGAUUCCUCUGAACGUCUUGGAGGAAACUUAGAACGAGAGUGGGAAAAAGAAAAAAAGAAAGAAGGGAAAAGGCCAAGUCUUAUUAGAGCUGCUGUGAGCACCUUUGGAUGGACCUAUGCUUUCUAUGGUAUUCUCUUUUUUUGUGAGGAAGCCCUCCGUCUCGUGCAACCCAUCAUUCUCAUGAAAUUGACGUCUUACUUCUCACCUAGCAACGCCAAUGGCUCCCUCAUGUCCAAGCGAGAUGCCUACCUGUGGGCCAUGGGCCUUUCCCUGUCGGCCAUCUCCUUGGCUUUAGUCCACGGGCCAAACUUCUGGGGGAUACAACGCCUCGGGAUGCACGUCCGUGUCGCCCUGUGCACCAUGGUCUAUAAAAAGACGUUGAAGCUCAAUAACAAUUCCCUCCGAGUGACCACAGCUGGACAGGUCAAUAACUUGAUGACCAAUGAUGUUAACAGAUUUGAUCAGCUAUUUGUCUUCCUUCAUUACCUCUGGCUGGGUCCUCUUCAAGCGAUUGCAGUACUGCUUCUCCUCGUUUUCUACCUUGAUAUAGGCUACGCUGCUGCCCCGGGAUUUGCCAUAAUGAUCCUCCUCAUCCCAAUCAAUAUGUGUCUUGGGAGGCUGUUCUCCACUCUUAGGCGGAAGACGGCCCAGUUUACUGACAAACGGGUUGCGGUUAUGACAGAGGUCAUCACUGCAAUGAGGGUCAUUAAGAUGUAUGCCUGGGAGAUCCCGUUUGCUAAUGUGGUGAAGAAACUCAGAAUACUCGAGAUCCAGAAGAUCGUGACAGCCUCGUAUCCGCUGGCGGUAAACGUAACCCUCGGCUUGUUCGGUAAUCGUCUUCUGGACGUGGGGAUGGUCAUCGUUUACGCUCUCACUACUCAGGAUAUGAUACAAACCGCCACUGUCUUUGCCAUCAUCAGCUUCUGCAAUGCCUUACGCACGUCUUUUCUGCGAAUGUUCCCUCGUGCCAUACAGUUCCGCUCUGAGUGUACGGUGUCACUGAAUCGUAUUGAGAAAUACCUGCUCUUGGAGGAGAAAGAGGAAGUUGACGGAGAAGACAACACUGAAGGGAUGGAGAGGGAUGAUGGGAUACUUGCGCAGAACCUCACUUGCUCAUGGGAAGAGGACGAGAACACAACUCAGCUGUCAGACCUCUCUUUCAGGGUCAAGAAAGGGAAGUUAUUGGCCGUCGUUGGUCCAGUUGGAUCUGGCAAGUCCUCAUUACUGAUGGCCGUCUUAAAGGAGCUUCCCGCUCUGCAAGGCUCCAUAAUGACCAAAGGGCGCAUCGCGUAUGCCUCACAGCAACCUUGGGUGUUUGGUGGGACAGUACGGGAGAACAUCACGUUCGGAAGGCCCUUCUCAGACACCAAGUACAGGAGCAUCGUCAGAGUCUGUGCACUCACCAAGGACAUUCAGCAACUUCCAGAUGGAGAUAUGACGAUGGUUGGAGAGAGAGGUGUAACACUGAGUGGAGGUCAGAAGGCCAGGAUCAACCUUGCGAGGGCGCUCUACGAUGAUGCAGACAUAUAUCUUCUUGACGACCCUCUUAGCGCUGUUGACAGUGAGGUCAGCAGACAUAUAUUUGACAAGUGUGUUAUGGAAUACCUUGCUGAUAAACCACGCAUUCUGGUAACUCACCAACUUCAGUUCCUGGGGCAGGCAGACCAGAUCUUGGUCCUGAAGAAAGGGGGUCAAAUGGAGGCAGUUGGAACCUUGGCCGAUCUCCACGACAAGGGCAUUGAGUUCUCCAAGUUGAUGGAUAAGCCAGAAGAAGAAGAGGAGGAGGAUGAUAGCAUGGAUGAGGUGGAUACGGAUACGGUUUCUCUAGUUCGGCUGGCGUCAGGGUCUUUCAAGAGAAGCGGCUCGUUCAGAAGGAGCGGCUCAGGACGUAAGGGUUCCGUCAAAGACAAGAAAUCUACCAAAACUGGGAAGCUUUUCAAAGUUGAGCAGACUCAGAAAGGAGGUAUUUCUAAAGGUACAUACGUUGGGUAUUUCCGAGCUGGUGGAAAUCCCUUUGUUCUCUUCUGGAUGCUGCUGUUUCUUCUAGGAGCACAGGUGGUGUACCUGUUGGCAGAUUUCUGGGUUGGCUUUUGGGCAGACUACGAAGAAGGUGGUCAACAACCGUUGAACAACUCCUACUAUGCCAUCUUCAGCAAUUGGAACCUGACAACGGGACAGUCUGCUGGAAUCUAUGGUGGUCUGGUGGGUGGUACCAUGUUGUUUGGUCUCAUCCGAGCCUUUAUCACGUUCAACGUCAUGAUCAACGCGGCCAGGACCCUCCACAAUCGCAUGUUUGCUUGCGUCACCAAAGCUCCCGUUCUCUUCUUCGACACCACUCCUACCGGAAGGAUCCAGAAUCGCUUCACCAAGGAUAUAGGCAUCAUGGACGAUCAGUUACCACUUACAUUCUUCGAUUUCAUGCAGAUAUUGCUUCAGAUUGUGGGUACUGUCAUCAUCACCAUUGUGAUGGCAUGGUUUACCGUCUUUGCAGUGCUCCCUCUCUUCAUCGUUCUGAUUCUCAUUACCAGCUACGCCCUCAGAGCCACAACCGCCGUCAAGAGGCUGGAUGGAACAACUCGUAGUCCCGUCUUCUCACACACGACAGGGUCUCUCCAGGGCCUGUGGACUAUCCGUGCAUACAAAAAAGAAAAGGAAUUCGUGGGCCAGUUUCACGAAUAUCAGGAUCGUCAUUCAGAGGCUUGGUUCAUGUACUUAGCGACCAACAGAUGGUUUGGAAUUCGUUUGGAUCUCCUCGUAGCAGUCUUCAUUUCAGCCGUUGCUUUCAUCUGUGUUGGAUUGGAAAACUAUCUAAAUUUGGACAGCGGUCAAGUCGGACUCAUCCUGACCAAUUGCAUUGCACUUGGUGGUAUCUUCCAGUUCUGUAUAAGACAGAGUGCCCUUGUAGAAAAUCAGAUGACAUCCGUAGAGCGUGUUAUCGAAUACACUCAUCUGGACUCGGAAGGACCACUGGAGAAACCUGAUUCCAAAGCCCCUCUUGGUUGGCCGCCCAAGGGAGGGAUCACCUUCGAUGGUAUGUCUCUGGCUUACUCCAAGGAAACACCCAAGGUCCUCAAAGAUUUCACAUGCGAAGUCAAUCCUAAAGAAAAGAUUGGAAUUGUGGGCAGAACUGGAGCAGGGAAAAGUUCUUUGAUCACGUCACUAUUCAGACUCGCCGAGCCAAUGGGGUCACUUCGAAUCGAUGACAUUCAAAUCACCGACCUGGGUCUUCAUGAUGUUAGGAAGAAUAUUUCAAUUAUUCCUCAGGAUCCCAUCAUCUUUACUGGCUCCCUCAGGAGGAAUCUGGAUCCAUUCGGCGAACAGACCGAUUCCAUGCUGUGGAGUGUACUGGAAGAGGUUCAGUUAGAGCGCGCAGUGAGGGAGAACCCGGCCAAGCUGGAGAUGGAGGUCGGAGAGGGUGGAUCCAACUUCAGCGUCGGUCAACGCCAACUCAUCUGUCUUGCCAGAGCUAUUCUAAAGAAAAACCGUAUUCUCAUUCUAGAUGAAGCUACUGCAAAUGUUGACCCGAGAACUGAUUCUUUGAUUCAAGAAACUAUCAGGACAAAGUUCAAGAAUUGCACUGUUCUUACCAUCGCUCAUCGCCUUCAUACCAUCAUGGAUUCAGAUAGAAUAAUGGUUUUGGAUGCAGGGGAACUGGUAGAGUUUGAUGAACCGUACAUACUACUACAGAAUCCUAACAGUACUUUCAGCAAGCUUGUAGAUCAGACAGGGAAGACAGAAGCGGCCAAGCUUGGCAGAAUCGCCCUUGAGCACUACAAUGCAAUUGCCUCAGAGAAAACCUCUAAAGUGGAUCCCAAGGAUGCUGUGUGUGACUUCUUGUUCAUCACCCUGAAGAAAUCCGACGAGGGAUUUGGAUUUUCUCUGAAAGGGGAAUAUGGUCCUGUGCAAACACCGAUUACAGUGUCAGAGGUCAUGAAAGGAACACCGGCUGGAGAGGAUGGUGGACUCAAGCCUGGCGACGAGGUGCUUUCUCUGAACGGGAUAAGCCGACGAGAAAUAACACCGGAGAACAUCACUGAUGCCUUCAAAGCAGAUGUAACGGACAUGAUGAUCAUCGUCAGACGGAUGCCCCCUCAGCCUUCCAUCUCCCCCGAUGCCAUCACAUUGACAAGCAGUGAUGAUUCAAAGCAUUACUCCAACGGUGCCCCUGGGACGUCAUAUGACAUGAGAUCAGACUUCUUUAGUCAUGAUGAAGAUUAUCAUGAUGAUGAUGAUGAUCAAGUACAGAGCCUCCUGAACACGGCUAUGUCUAAAGCUGCCCAUCUGUCGUCGUCAUCCAAGACUGCCAGUAGAGGGCCAGGAGGUUUCUUGAAACGAGCUUUGCAUCGUCCUUUUAAAGGUUAUCGCUCGGAUGGAAGUCUGUCGCAAGAGGAAACAGCUUCAUUGCUUUCCGGCAAUUGACAUCUCGGACAGAGCCAGACUCCUUGAAUAACAACCAAGCGGUCUUCACCCAAUCGGACGAGGGAAUCGGAUUUACACGCAGCCAG